CUCUUCUAUUUGUUUUGAUGCCAAAACUCAUCAGUCUUGCUUCAAAAUGGACACCUGAACAACAAAAUUUGUUUCGUACAUCUAUCACUGGACUUGCACAGGUGAAUAUUGAUGAUGAUGCGACCUUUUUAUCAAGUGACUUGGAAGAAAUAAGCCGUACUACAGGGUUACCACUACAGGUCCUUAUUGCGUUAAGACAACACAUCGUGUCUGAAAUGAUGAUAUCUAGUUUUCAUCCCAACAUCAUGGUCAAUUAUAUCUCCAGUCAUUUUGAUCCGUUAGAUCGUCUUCUUGGUGGUGGUAUGCGUAUAGGGGAUAUGACCGAACUCUUAUCAGAACAUCCUCAUUUAUUAGAAAAGUUGAUGGUACAAUUCAUGCAAGGAUUUUUGAACCAUUGCCCUGAUGCUCAUAUCUGUCAUGUUGAUACCAACGGAUCUUUUCAAACAAGAAUUCUACAUUACACAAAAGUCAUGUCCUUAUCCCGAAUCGAAUGUCACAAGGCUUUCACAGUACCUAAAAUCAAUCAAAUCAUGGAUCGUUAUGGUGCUUUACAAUUGGCUUCUCAACAAGUUAAGGAUAAACCGAUGUUGAUUGUGAUCCAGGAUAUAGGAUAUUUGAUGGAUUCGGAUUGGAAUGUCACUUUGGAUCAAGUGAAGAAAUUGGAAGAUACCAUUCUACAAUUAAAGUUAAUGAACAUCACUAUCUUGGUUAGUCAUCAUUUAGUGCCUACAACACCCAGACGAUAUGAACUUACUUUGGAUAAUAUAGUGGAUCUUCGAUUGAAUUUAUCUUCUAAUCAUCAAGAUUUACAUAUAGACAUCACUAAAGCAAGACAUGUGAAAACUCCUCAAAGUUGUAGUGUAUCCAUGUAAUUUAGUC